GCGGGAGCGUCUCUAACCGGGCGGCAGCCAGUCUGGUUCGUGCAGCGCCGAGCCCACACCGAGCCCGGGCUCGGCUGGGUGCCCCCGGCCCGCACAGCUCGGAGAGACCCCAGCGCAGCGAGCCUGGGCUCGGCCCCUGCCCCGCACAACCCCGGGACCCCCAGCCCAGCGAGCCCGGGCUCGGCUGGGUCCCCCCUGCGCUUGCCAGGCCCGCCAGAGACAGGAAUUGGGUUUGAAAAGACCUCGUCCAUUCAGCACCCAGGUGAUGCAGAAAUGAUGGAGACUUUAGAAGAGGAAAACUUUGGUGUGUCUAUCUCCUCUCCCUCAGAUGCAGAAUUUGAUGCGGUUGUUGGGUAUUUAGAAGAUAUUAUAAUGGAUGACGAUUUCCAGUUAAUACAAAGAAGCUUUAUGGAUAAACACUACCAGGAAUUUGAAGAUACAGAAGAAAACAAGCUCAUCUACACUUCUAUUUUUAAUGAAUAUAUCUGCUUAGUAGAGAAAUACAUAGAAGAAAAACUACUUGACAGGAUUCCUGGUUUUAGUAUGGCUGCUUUCACCAUGUCAUUACAACAGCACAAAGACGAGAUGGCAGGUGAUAUAUUUGACAUGCUUCUCACAUUUACUGAUUUUCUGGCAUUCAAAGAAAUGUUCUUGGAUUACAGAGCUGCCAGACCAGCAGAGAGCACACUGAUUUUAGCUGUGCCAAGUCUACCCACAGCUGGGAAAACAUCAGCCAAGGAAAAAGAAGGUCGAGGUCUGGAUUUAAGCAGCGGGUUUGUGGUAACAUCUUUAAGCAAGUCCUCAAUGUCGUCUUCUCAGAACAGUUUACGACACUAGUUCACAGCUGCAGAUGAGGGCUGCUUCUUUCAUUUGGACAUUCCAAACACUACAGGCAGUGAAGGAUUACAGUGGUAAUGGAAGCUGAUUGCCUCACUACAUUUCACUAGGCCUGAUCCUCUAAACUGCUCUUGUGAAUUACUGUUAGUAUUGAAACCUGUUAGUAUUGAGUGAUCAUAAAAGAAAAUAACUCCAGCCAUUCCAGAAUAAUGGAUUUCAAUACACCGAUAAUAUAUACGCAUCGACCAAUUUGGAUUCUGUACCAAGGAGUUCAGUAAAUGGAACUAUAUAUGUGUUUCCUAUUGGUUAAAAUUACAACCCAGAUAUGUCACUCUCCAGAAAUGUAAACUUAAAGAGAAAACCCACAAGACUGUAAUAACAUGGAUGAUCAUUUAACCUUUUUUUUGGGUAGGAUGGUUACAGCUCCACCACCUCUGAUUUCCCACGCUCACAGUACCUUUCAUUUUUUGAAAAAUAACUUUUCAGUAUGCUUGGAAGGUCGUCUGUAGGGAAGAAUAAGUUGUGACAUAUGCAGAAUAUAUUUUGCACACAUUUUAGCUUGAGAAUUUCUCGGUUCUGUGGUAAUUGUUGGGGGGGCAAGGAGAGGAUCCACCAAUGGGCAGAUACCCAGUCUCACUCUGAUGAACUUGCAGAGCUCUGAUGUUCAGCUUGGCAUGUAGGCGCCAACUAAAUUAGAGAACUAACCAGGUUAAAUAUGUCUGUAAAACAUAAGCUUUGCCUACAUUAGGAACUUUCUUACCUUGUUUUUCCACAGCGGUGCAGCAUGGGUGCUACCAAGGUACAAGGUGUCUUGUAGAUCAAGCACAGGAAUUUUUACUACCACAUCAUAUAACUCCCCAGAUGACAUGCUGGUUAAAGUGCUUGUGCCCAGUGCAUACUGGAGCUUUCACCACUGGUAGCAGCUGAGCAGCUGCACUGACAACUGAAAAACACAUUAGAAAUUUGCUAGUAGAGAUGUACUCGUUAACUGUCUACAAUAGACUUCUUUACGGAACCUCCCCCUGUUGCACCACUGUGGAUGCUGCCACACUAGCCAGUAGUGUCAAGGGGAGCGCUAAUGUAGACAGAGCUCAGGUCCUGAUGUUCUUAGCACCAUGUCAUCUAUCUUCUGUGAGCAGUAGGAGAAAUCCCAUCGUUGGUACCAGUGCAGCCCAUACCACUAGGAGGCUUCUAAGAAGAGCCUAGUAGACAGACCAAAGCUAUGGCAGAUCAAUGUUGUUAUAAUGUGCUGGUGUUUCGGCUGUGCCGAUGGAAAACUUGUUAAUCUCUUUAUGUGUUAAAUCCUGGCUGUAUUACAGUGAAUGGGAGUUUUGCCAUUAAUUACAAAAGGGCUGGGAUUUCACCCUGAAGUUAAAACACAGUUUUCUGACAUGGUUACAAAAAAAUUCCUAUCCACACAGGCAAGCAUAAACCAUGUUUAUAUGAUAAUGUGGUCUGGCCACAAAUCUUUUCAAACUCCUCUACUUUUGUAGAGUAGACACUUUCAGUACUAUGGAACCACUGUAGUGUCUUAGCCUGUUCUAACUCUAAAAAUACAGUAGUAAAUAACUUCAUUGAGCUUAAAUUUCCAGUGUGGUGUUAUAAGACUGCAGUUCAGCUGUUGGAGGUUGUCCUAGUAUUUCUGUUAACCUCCCACACAUUCACUUUUUAAAAGCCUUCCCCUUCAGGGUUUUGUAACUCUUCCAGUAAACUAUUUACUGAUCUCAGAUUUGAUUUGGAAAAUCCGCACCCUGAAGCAAUCUUAAAAUCACAAAAGGAAUCCUUUGUUGUUUUCACAGUAGUUUUUACGUAGAAAUCUCUGUGAUUGUGCCGUAGAGAAGGAACUGCAUUAGCCCAAAUGCUUCUUUUGAAUGCUUUUUUGAUUAAAAGUAAUUGUAUUAGCUUUCUACUUUAUUGAACAUCAAACAAGCUAAACUUAAUUCUCUUUGCAAUGAAAGGCUAAAUUGAAUCACUUUUUAAUACUAUGCUAGUGUAAUGUGUGGACAUUUGUUAAAGAUAUUAGUUGCAGUAUAAUAGUUUUAAAGAUAAAUUCCUAAUCCUGCAGACAGAGCCCUGUGGUGAAGCUCAAUAUAAUGAAGUCAGUGGGACUGUGUGUAGGCUUGGUGUCUGCCCACGUAGAUCCAAUUGCAGGAUCAAAGUAAAGAUGUGAGGGCAGAGCAUCAUCUGGUGUAAAUUGUCAUAGCUCCAUUGAUAACAAUGACCGCUUACACCAGCCUACGCUCUGCCUUCAAAAGAUGUCUGCAUUUCCCAUUUUGUUACAAGGUGUUGCCUUGUACCAUCUCUGCCAUAAAGAUCAGUGUUUUCCCAGGGGUACAUAAUCCACCACUGAAGACCACACAGGUACUUUGGGAAGAGAUGAGAGAGGUUCUUUUAGGUUAAAUGUUUGGUCCAGGCUGAAUGCAGUUCUCCCAGCUAGCCUAAAAAUCUAUUGGACCAACUGCUGGGAAAGCUUGUUCAGUCUCUAAAGAAAAUACUUAUCGUCUAAAGACAGUGCUUGUAGAAGAUUUGAAUCAGACUAUUCUUUUCAUUUCAGUGUAUGGGCUAGAAUUCUUUUGUCACUAUCCUCUUUUUACACAUGUAUUAUAUUGAAAUUGUUUUUGUACUGGGAGUAGGUUUUGUCAAAUUUUAAAAGAAUCAUACUGAAACAUUUUUAACAAUUCAUUGUUCAGUGUUGAAUUGAAAUAAUUGAUUAAAGUUACAAAUGUGAAUGCUCUUGAAGUUGAACUUGGGAUGAGGGGGAAAAGUAUUUAUUCCUUUAUUGUUACCACUGCUCAGAUUAUUCGUCAUUUGCAAUGAUGGAAAUGAGCAUCUCAAAACAAUUCUCCAAAUAUAGUGAUUUUAUAGCUCGGUAACUUGUAAUGUCAGAGUCUAUAAGGAACAGCUUAAGGUAGUUAUCUGGAUGUGGAAUUUUAUAGUGUUCACUGUAUGCCAGAGUAGCUAAAUUCAUUGUCUGUAACGCAACUUGUGUGGGCUUCCUUUCCCUCCUCCUUUCUGGUAUAUCUGUAUUGUGAACUUUACACUCGAAUCUCGCCCAAUCCAUUUUUUAGCUAGCCUUUAUAAUUAGUGCAUUGGGUAAAAGGGCAAUAGAAAACUAACUAGUGUUUAUAUCUGCAGUUUUGCUGGUUUAGUUGUAUGCAGAGAACUAUGGUUGUAGUCAUGAGCGCUGAUUAGUCUAUAUGUAUUACUUGUGUGCGUGUUAGUCUAUACGUAUUACUUCUGUUGAUUUAAACAGUCUUCAUGUGGUACUCCUAUAUAAAUGCUGAGCUAAACCUAUGUUAAAGUUUAGCAUGUUUGUGAUCCAAGCCUUUUUUAUAGUUUAGCUGUUAAAUUCCCAAUCCUGUUGUCACAUUUUUUAAGGGGAAAACCCCACAGACUUCAGUGGGGGCACCACUGGGAUCUAAUACUUCUUAUUUUUACUCCCUGUUCCCAUGAGUACAGUUUCUGCCCAGUGUGUUUGCCUGUUUCUGCCCUGCAUGUUUCCUACACUCUAGCAUCUUCAUUAUUGUCCAUCUCUACAACAUGCAUGUAACUAGACUUUCUGAUUUUAUCUCGCAUGCAGAGCUUUUUAAAAACAAAUUAAAUUUUUACAUACAAAUGCAAUAUCUCUAUGCAAGUCUGAUUUACUUUUCAGAGUUUAGAAUUUCUUUCCUCAAACAAAUGCAUAGUUAUUUGUCUCUAAAGAGUUUUUAUCUUUUUUGAGGGGUUUUUUGGUAUUUUUAUCCUGAAACUUGGAAUUAGUUUAGAGCCGGAGUCAACUGCAUAAAGAAGAACGACAAGAGCUUGGUCUAAACAGGUAGGAAAAGAACGUUUAGCUAUUUUCCCUGUAAGUGAGAAAGUUAGCCCAAACUAUGUUUAGGCUUUUAACAAACCCUGAACAAGCAAAGUAUAUCAAAGGAAAGCCAGGAUGAUGUUUCUAUCUGAUUGGGUACCAAUGCCAUUUUCUGGAUUUUCUUCUCCCCACCUCCACAAGUCCCUUAAAGAUCAUAAAUUGGACUUGACUGGCCACAUCCCCUGCUGGUGUGAAUUAGCAUCAGAUCACCCACAAUGUUAUCUUUUUGGAGAUCACCUGCAGCUUGGGGGGGGGCUUAAUUAUUUGACUCUUCUCCCCCGUUCCGUGGGACCAGGAUUUCACCCAAAAUAUUGAAAUCAAUGGCAAAACUCCCACUGACUUCAUUGGGGCCAGGAUUUCAUCAUCUCUGUCUAAGGUAGGAAGCAUGAUAAACCUGUGACUUAACUCUAAAUAUUAAAGCAGCAUUGGGCAAACCCAAUACAUUUGAUAGCUAUACCCGUGGGACCAGAUUCUGUGCGGGUGCGGGGUGGUCUUAGUGGCCUGUCACAUACAGGAGGUCAACAAGCUGAUCUAGGGGGCCCCUCUGGAUUUAAACUCUAUGAUGUCAUUACUCCUGGUGAGUACUACUUUACUGUGCAAGUGAAUCUCUCUGCUUUCUAUAUGGCAUGAAGUUUUACCUUACAAUGGCUUUUUCAGGAGGGAAGAAAGUUUCUACUAAAAACUUCCUUGACCAACUGUUGGAUUUAGAAAGAUUUUUAUUUAUAACAUACAACUUGUACUUCAGAUUUUAGAAAUCAAUAAAAUAAUGGUUGCAAUCUCGUA